AACCCGGGAGGGAGGCGGGGGAGUGUGGGAGGGGGUGACGCCGGCGACGUCGGCUGCGCGAGGUUCCGCGCGUGAGCGGCGCCGGCGCUGGGCCUGGCCACCGAGCUUUCCCCGCGGGCUAGCAGGUCUCGACGCCGGCUCCUGGAGCAGCGCGGGCAGGAGGGAGGUGUAGGUGUCAGCGGUGUAGUCGACGGCUGCUCCGGCCAUGGAGGAGACGCAGCCGCUGCCACAGCCUGAGCUGUCGCUGUGCGACAGCCUCAUGAUCUGGCUGCAGACGUUUGAGACUGCCUCGCCCUGUCAAGAUGUCAAACAGCUGACCAGUGGAGUCGCCAUGGCACAAGUUCUUCAUCAAAUUGAUGCAGCUUGGUUCAACGAAUCUUGGUUAAGCCGAAUUAAAGAGGAUGUUGGGGAUAACUGGAGAAUAAAGUGGAUAUAUUACUGGGAAAAUGUGCAUAAAGGCAUAGCUGUGAUAAAUGAAUUUUUAUAUUCUGUUAAUUGGAUGAGUAAGGUACUGUGGGUAAAGAGUAGAUUUUUCUCAGAUUGGAUUUUUUUUUUUUUAAUCAUAGAACAUAUUCAAAAUAUAAUGACCCUGGAAGAGUCUGUUCAACAUGUGGUCAUGACUGCUAUUCAAGAGUUGAUGAGCAAAGAAAUACUGAGCUCUCCUGCAAAUGAUGCCGUUGGAGAAUUAGAGCAACAGCUUAAAAAGGCCUUGGAAGAGCUUCAGGAAGCACUAGCAGAAAAAGAGGAGCUGAGGCAGAGGUGUGAAGAGCUGGACAUGCAGGUGACUGCACUUCAAGAUGAAAAAAAUUCACUAGUUUCUGAAAAUGAGCUGAUGAAUGAGAAGCUUGACCAGCUGGAUGGCUCUUUUGAUGAUCCAAAUACAAUGGUUGCAAAAAAGUAUUUCCAUGCCCAGUUACAACUAGAACAACUACAGGAAGAAAACUUCAGGCUUGAAGCUGCAAAAGAUGAUUACCGUGUUCACUGUGAAGAGCUUGAAAAGCAGCUGAUUGAGUUUCAGCACAGGAAUGAUGAGCUGACCAGUCUCGCUGAGGAGACAAGAGCCCUGAAAGAUGAAAUCGAUGUUCUGAGGGCUACUUCAGAUAAAGCAAAUAAACUGGAGUCAACAGUUGAGAUCUAUCGUCAGAAGCUGCAAGAUUUGAAUGACCUUCGCAAGCAGGUGAAAACUUUACAGGAAACCAACAUGAUGUAUAUGCACAACACAGUCAGCUUGGAAGAGGAAUUGAAGAAGGCCAAUGCGGCCCGCACACAGUUAGAGACAUACAAAAGGCAGGUUCAAGAUCUUCACAUUAAGCUUUCCUCUGAAUCCAAAAGGGCAGACACACUAGCAUUUGAAAUGAAGCGGCUUGAAGAAAAACAUGAAGCUCUACUUAAGGAAAAAGAGAGACUAAUAGAGCAGCGAGAUACUCUGAAAGAAACGAAUGAAGAGCUUCGAUGUUCACAAGUACAACAGGAUCACCUAAACCAAACAGAUGCAUCUGCUACAAAGAGUCAUGAGAAUCUGGCUGCUGAGAUUAUGCCGGUGGAGUAUAGGGAGGUGUUUAUUCGACUGCAACAUGAAAAUAAGAUGCUUCGCUUACAGCAGGAAGGUACCGAGAAUGAGCGUAUUGAAGAACUUCAAGACCAGCUGGAACAGAAACACCGCAGGAUGAAUGAACUGGAGACCGAGCAAAGGUUGAGCAAAGAGCGUAUCCGAGAAUUGCAGCAGCAGGUUGAGGAUCUCCAGAAAUCUUUACAGGAACAAGGCUCCAAGUCUGAAGGCGAAAGUUCCAGCAAAUUAAAGCAGAAGUUGGAAGCUCAUUUGGAAAAACUAACAGAGGUCCAUGAAGAAUUACAGAAGAAACAAGAGCUCAUUGAAGAUCUUCAGCCAGAUGUAAAUCAAAAUGUGCAAAAGAUCAAUGAACUUGAAGCCGCUCUUCAGAAGAAAGAUGAAGAUAUGAAAGCAAUGGAGGAAAGAUACAAAAUGUACUUGGAGAAAGCCAGGAAUGUGAUAAAAACAUUAGAUCCCAAGUUAAAUCCAGCAUCAGCUGAAAUAAUGCUACUGAGAAAGCAGUUGGCAGAGAAAGAGAGAAGAAUCGAGAUUCUGGAGAGUGAAUGUAAAGUAGCAAAAUUCCGUGAUUAUGAAGAAAAACUCAUUGUUUCUGCUUGGUAUAAUAAGAGUCUCGCGUUCCAGAAACUGGGCAUGGAGUCCAGGCUCGUGAGUGGCGGCAGUGCUUGCAAAGACGCAGGCACGUACGCCCCGGCGCGGUCCUUCCUGGCCCAGCAGCGACACAUCACCAACGCCAGAAGAAGUCUCUCUGUCAGAGUUCCUGCUACAACACCUGAUUAAACUGCAAAAGGAAAGAUAAACAGAAGUGCCCUUAAAAUAUUUUAUACUUUUCAACUAACUACCAGAUUGAAAAAGAAGUUUAUGAUGCUGGAUGCCAGGUAUUUCAAAAUCAGAAUGCAUCAAAUUAAUUUUUCCAGCCGACUUUGAAAACAGUGUAGAACUAGCUGUCUCUCUCGGGGAGCACGUUGGAAUAAUUGGAAGCUAUAGUUACACAGACAUCUCAAACAUUUGUCUUUUGAGAGUAUUAUAAUUUCAGAUUGACUUUGUAUAUUUUAAUAUUCUCAGUUAUACCAGUAACUUAAUUAAUUUGCAAUAUAUAAUCAGUAAUAUGAAUUUUAAAACAUAUCUAGAUCUGUUGUAUUUUCUUUUUGGUUCAUAUAAACAAUGGUCUUGAGGUAGGCACAUUGUGAACUAUCCAUGGGCGAUGUCUUUGGGUAAGUGCGAGGCUGCAUUUCCACCCCCCAGCUCCUUUGUUGAGUGUGUACAGAUAUUUCAUUAUGUCAUGGAAGAUAGGUAUGGAAUAUUUGUUAUUGGAAUGACAUUGCUAUAGUAAAAGUGACUAACUGAAGAUUUUUCAGAUUGUGAAGGGGUCCCAGUUCUCGUAUAUACUUCCCAUAAGCCAGGGCUUCUGGACAGCGAGGGUGAAAUGCUGAGAGUCGGAAAUCAAUUGACAUUUGUGGGAGGUGACUUUCUGAUGGAAAGCAAGCUAAAAAAUAUGUUUUGUGUUAAGGUUUACGUAUUCCUUAGUAUAUAAUUCAUGAGAGUUCAGUUAUUUGGAGCAUGAAAUGAUGUCUUCUGCUAAAAAAAAAGAUAUGGUAUUAUGUAAUAGUUUUACCUCCUCAUUGCAAAGAGAUAUAAUGAUAAAAAUAUUGGGGAUCAGUUUGACUUCUAUUCACUGAUGGAAGAGUUUCUCUGGCUUAGUUUGUGGUACCCAGUUCAUUUCUGUCAAGAGGUCUCCUUUACAAAGGUUAUUACUUUUGAAUUUGGGGAUCAUUUUUAAAAGUUACCACCUUGGAAUUUCCAUUGUGUUAAAUCUAUGUUGUUCUAUGUUGUAGCCACAAGAUAGAUGUGGCAAUUGAAAUUAAUUAAAAUUAAAAAUUUAGUUUCUUGGUUGCACCAGCCACAUUUCAGACACUCAGUAGCCAUAGGUGGCUGUGGCUCCUCUGUCAAACCAAACAGCUAGAGAACAUUUCUAGCAUUGCAAGACGUUCUUUUGGAGAGCACCAUGCUAAGUCAUCUUAUAACUUAGAAAUACUCUUUGGUAUUAGGCUACAAAAAUUAAAGAAAGAAAAAUGUUAGGACUGUUUCCAGUGUAAAAAGGAAAUUGGAUUGUGACCUAAUUAACAUCUUCCAUUCUGUGUAGAGGAUGCCUUAUACUGUGACAACACAGGUGAUUGUUCCCGUGCUGGUCAGCAAAGGCACACAUGUCUACAGUGUCUAGGCAGGGGUGAGUGAGCUUUCUGUGAAGGGACGGGUGCUAGAUGUUUUAGUAAAUACCAUAGGUUUUGUGAGCUGCACAGUGUCUGUUCAAGUCCUCAACCCUGCCAUUGUGGGCUGAGAGCAGCGACACACAGUGUAUAAACAAAAUGCGUGUGGUUGUGUUCAGUGAAACUUUCUUUACAUACACAGGUGAUAGGUCAGAUGUGGCUUGCAGGUUGUAGCUGUGGUCUAGAUUUUCUCAGCCUUUCUUUGCAAAUACAGUCUAAGUAUUGUUCCAUUUAUAGUAUUACUCAUUUACAUACCUGGUUUUUAGAUUCUUGCCUGGUAAUUUUUUAAUAACUGAAAAUGGAAAUUUCAUACUGCAUUCGGGUCUCUAAGAUUAGGGAGCAUCAGUCAGGAUAUCGUUUUUUAUCAGGGUUACUUCUGUUGACUACCUCUUAGAUUGGGAUGUGAUUAUACUGUUGAUUUGCAUUUUCAUAUGUUUUGGUAGUGUCUGCUUGCCUAUGACUUUUAGUGAAAUGAAAUAAGUCUUCGAAAAUACUUUAGCAUGCUGUUCAAAAUUUUCUAAAUCUGAUGGCAUUUUGGUAUAUUUUGGUUAGUGAAGACACCCGCCCCCUUUAGUGUUUCUAUACUUAAAAUUGAGAGUUUCUGAGCUCUUCAAGCUCUCUUUUAAAGGAAUUUAUUGUAAAAUGUUAACUUUAAUAAAUUAAUGUUUUCAUAGUUCAGUUGCUCAUAAAUUUCCAAUUAUUAUACUUGGAAUUUUUACAUAAUACAAUUUCUGAAUGAGGAUAAUAAGGCUAGAUUGUUUUUUUUAAUACAGAAAAAGCAAAUUGUCUGAUUUAUCACUUUUCUAGGUGAUAAGUAGAAUUUAAAAUGUUUGAUUUAUAAGUAUUUAUACAAGACUAAUGUAAUUUAAAAUUCUAUAUUAUUGUGAUGAAUCGUACAGAUCAGGAACUGAUCAGAAGUGAGAUUCUUUCCACAUCUGGUUACUGUAGUGAGGUUGACACCCUGUGGGUGGUACGGCAUUAUAAAUAUUUCAUCAUGAACAAUCAUUUAUAUACAUCUGUGAGGCAUAUACCGGGGAAGAGAUUUUUGGAGUUCAUCUGUUUGAUAAGGAAUUAAGCAACUUGGUGAUUAUAAAGUUAAACCACAGACGAAUUUGAAAAUGAUCUUUAAUUGUGAGCAUUUGUUCUAAGGUUAAUAUUCCUUUGUCUUUUUAAAAUAAAAGUUGUGUAAAUAUGACAGUGAUGUCUAUCCUGAGAUUAAACUAAUGAAUUGAGAAAUUUAUUUGAAGUGUAUUCUAUUUUUCAAUGAAUAAGGCUGUCAAACUAAUGAUUUAGUAGAGAUUAAGAAUUAACGUCUUGUCUAGAAAAAUCUCCCUGAGUAUUCUUCAUGACGAUGUCAUCUUUGAUCACUGGAGCACUAAUUUGAAUGUAGUGUUUUCACCUCUGCACCUGUUUCUGUGUAGGGCGCAUCUGUCCCUACGGAGGGGGUAGCUUUUAGGCCAGGGUAUUUGUCUGUGUUAGGUUCUCUGUACGUAUAUUUAAUGAGAAGCAUUCCUAUGUAAAAAUGUGUGUAUAUGGUUGUACGCAUACAUUCUUAUUGUGAACUUGUACAUUGCAAAGAAGUAGUUUGCAAAUUUGUAAAGCACAAACUAUAAGAGAAAAUAAUGUAAACUUGAUGUUCCAUAAAUGUAAUGUCUAGUUUAUAAAAGGCCCUUUCUAUUUUCUAUGGCAAAGACUUUGACACUUGAAAAAUAGAAGCAAUACUUGAUUUAUUUUUGUAAGUAUUUAGGAUAUUAUUUUAAAUAAAUGAUUGUCCAGUAACGAUAUAAUACUUGUGAAAUGUUUCAAGUAAAUAAACUUUCUGCUUCUGUGUCUGUU